AUGAUCACUGGAUAUUUGCAGAAUAAAAUAAUAGCGCAAUCGAGUAUUUAGGAAGUUCAUGGAACAGAUAUGUUAGCCACCAUGGAUAGACGAACUUCGAAAAUCUAUAUGGGUGGAUAAUCUCAAUAGCAAUUAAAUCCAUUGGAUUUGGUUUAAAUCAGUAGUGCAUUACCGCAGUUCUCCUUUCAGCAAAACACUGAUUAAAGAUUAUAGAAUCUUUUAAACUCAAAUUACUAAUAGCAGAUAUCGUAAUUGGCCAGUCCUCCCAAUAUUGAUUUGAUCAAUUAGAUCAAGGAAUAAGCAAGAGUUGUGAGAUUGCAUUAUUAGGCCUGA